AUGGCCGUUCCGUCUGCUCGCGAUCUCGAUGAAGUCCUUCCGGGCACACGACGUCUCUUCGCCGACGAGCACGCCAGCGUCGCUUCCGCCGAUGCCAGCAUCGAAAAGCACGGCGAUGUCAUCCUCGUCCCCCCUCCGACAAAGUCUCCCAAUGAUCCAUUGAACUGGAGUCUUGCGCGCAAGACCUGGCAUUCGUUUCUCGUGUGCUACAUUGUCGCUUUGACCGCCGCCACAUCCAAUGUUGCUGGUGCCGCGAGCACAGGUGUCAAUGAGCAAUACGGGAUUAGUUACGACGUUUUCAAUACGGGCGCUGGUGUGCUCUUUGUCGCGAUCGGAUACUGGACGCUUCUCAGCUCGCCUGCGACGCAUCUUUACGGACGACGAAUUCUAUACUUGGUAGGGACGGUAUGGGGUCUUAUUGGCAACAUUUGGUUCGGCCAUUUGAAGACCACUGGCGACACGAUUUGGUCUCAGCUCUUUGUCGGAGCUUCCGAAUCUGUCGCCGAGGCUGUUGUUCAGUUGUCUCUGCUAGACAUUUGGUUCGAGCACCAGAAUGGUACUUCGCUGGGUAUGUAUACCCUUGCCACUACGGUCGGAACCUAUGUUGGCCCUUUGAUCGGAGGCCAUUUGGCAGAGAAUGUCGGCUGGCGCUGGAUUGGCCAUAUGGGCGCAAUUGCCUCUGGCUUUACCCUCGUCCUCUUUUACUUCGGUCUUGAGGAGACAGCCUUUGAGCGCAAUCGCUACCUCAAUCUCCACCAGACUGAGGAGCGCGACGCCAACCGCGGUAAUGUUGAGGGUAUUCCCGCGGCUACUGGCGACCAUGUCGUCACCAAGGAUGCCGAGGAGAAGAACAUGUCGCCUCCAGUUGACGAAGAAGCUGCGAUCUCUCAAACCGCAUCUGCAGUGCGACGAGAGGAGGUCGAGCGCAACAGACUCGAGGCUGCGUUCGCGCGCAAGAAGUCUUACUGGCAGCGCAUUGCUCUCAUCACUCCAGCGUCCAACCUGCGCGGUUUGGGAUUAACGCAGUAUGUCCACCGCCUGUGGCACACGAUGCGCAUCUUUUCCUUCCCCGCAGUUUGGUUCGCUGGUCUUCAGUGGGGAAUGCAGAACAUUGCAUUGUCCUUCUACCUCACCGUCGAGGAGGAUUACUGGGUGAACGAGCCGUACAACUACAGCGACUCUGCUGUCGCCAACAUGAACAUUCCUUGUCUGAUUGGAAGUGUCAUCGGCUGUUUCUACGGCGGAUACUGCAGCGACAAGUUCAUCCUCUGGAAGGCUAAGCGCAACAACGGCAUCAUGGAGGCCGAGUUCCGUCUCUACCUCAUGGCCCUCUGCGUGAUCAUCUUCCCAUUGGGUAUGUGGCUGUUCGGUAUCGGCUCAGCGCAUGGUUGGGACUGGCCUGUUCCCUACGUCGCGCUGGGCUUUAUCGGCUUCGGAUACGGUUGCGCUGGUGAUCUGAGCAUCACGUACCUAGCUGACAGCUACCCCGACAUGGUUCUCGAGGGUAUGGUUGGUGUCGCUGUCAUCAACAACACUCUCGCCACUAUCUUCACAUUCGUGUGCAGCUACUGGAUUGACACCGGUCUACAGAACACCUUCAUCGAGCUUGGUAUUCUUAGCUUCGUCAUCAUCAUGUCGUCGUUGCCCAUGGCUAUUUGGGGCAAGGCGUCGCGUCGCUGGACUUUGGAGCGCUAUGCCAACUUCUUGCGCAUUCGCGAUGGUAUGGACGGGUGA